GAUUGAUAACAUGAGUAAAACAAUGGGUUGUGCUAGCUGAUUUGUGAAUGAGAUUGGAUAUCAAUGCCAGCUAUUCCAAAUCCAAUGUACUACGCGUGAAGAAGCAUCUAUCCAUCGGAUAUCAAUGCUUUGCUUUGGUUUAAUUUGGUUCCAAGUUCUUUGCCUAUAUAUAUAUAAGUCCAACACUGUCGGUGUGCAUGUGCGUUACCGCUGAAUCCUCGCUUUAUCUUCCCUUCCCUUCAUCUCCGCUUCAAAAUAAUAUCCUCCUCUCUAUCUCUGUUCGAAACAAGUCCAACACCAGCAACACACUGCUUCAAUCUCAAUCGGGCACAUUGAGAAAUGGUUUUGAGUAAUGGGAAAACUGAGGCACCAUUGCCAAGUAGUAAUGGGGGAGGUGCUGAGAUUGAUAACAAUGAGAAGAAGCCCUUCAAGAUCUUCGUAGGGUAUGACCCUCGCGAAGAUCUUGCCUAUGAGGUAUGUCGCCACUCCAUCUUGAAAAGGUCUUCAAUCCCUGUUGAGAUCAUACCAAUUAAGCAGUCAGAUCUGAGGAAAAGUGGUUUGUAUUGGCGUGAGAGGGGCCAGUUUGAGAGCACUGAGUUCUCCUUUUCAAGAUUCUUGACCCCUUGCCUUGCCAAUUACCAAGGUUGGGCAAUGUUUGUGGACUGUGAUUUCCUCUACUUGGCUGAUAUCAAGGAAUUGAAAGACUUGAUUGAGGACAAGUAUGCCAUCAUGUGUGUUCAGCAUGACUAUGCUCCAAAGGAGACCACUAAGAUGGAUGGGGCAGUGCAAACUGUGUACCCAAGAAAGAAUUGGUCUUCAAUGGUUCUCUAUAACUGUGCUCAUCCGAAGAACCGUGUUCUCACUCCCGACACUGUCAACACACAGACUGGUGCUUUCCUCCACAGGUUUCAAUGGCUUGAGGAUGAUCUAAUUGGAUCCAUCCCUUUUGUUUGGAACUUUCUUGAGGGGCACAACAGGGUUGUUGAUAAUGAUCCCACUACUUCGCCCAAGGCCAUCCAUUAUACUCGUGGAGGGCCAUGGUUUGAAGCUUGGAAAAACUGUGAAUUUGCUGAUCUGUGGCUCAAUGAAAUGGAAGAUUACAUGAAGCAAGCCAAAAAAGAAUCUGCCAAUUAGAUGAAUCAAACAUCAGCUUAGGCUUGUCAUUUAUGGCCAUGUAUUAUUCUUUAUGUCAAAUUCGUUGUGAAAAAUCCGCAUCUGCUGAUGCAUGUUAUGAUGAGAGUCGGAGUAUGAGCACUGCUAGUCUAUAACUUAUCUUAGAGUAUUUGUAGUAUUCUUUACCGUAUUACAUUACAUUACAUUACACUUACAUUGGCAUUUCAGAGAAAGUACUCUUCGUGAUGUAUUUCAUUUUUUAUUUGUUUAAUGACCUCCCUAGGACCUUAAGAGGAGGUACAAGCACCACUCUGUAUUGAAUAUUUUAAUGAAGUUUUCAAUGUAACGAUUAUAUGUUGCUCACU